GGGCAUGCCAUCUGCGAUCGUUAGUUCGCCUCGCACUGGCGCGCAAAACGGUCGGUCGUGCUCUUUAGCUUCGCAUCCAUCCCCGCGUAACUAAGCCACGCGGCAUUGGUCAUUGGUCAUUUGACUAAGUACGUGCGAGUCGUGUUUGACUUUGAAUUGCUGCAGCAACUUGGUGAAACGUUCGUUACGCGCAGCGCAACGCAAGGUGGUCGUGAUUCUGUGGUGGAGGCGUCAGCGGUGCAACGAGAAAGUGGUGCAUUCCACGAACAACCGGUUUUCCGAAGUGUGCAAAAUUAAAAAUGUCUACAAAUCAUCAGAAUGGGAAAGAUGCGCAUCUGUCGAUGCCGGAGCAGCACUCGAGGGGCGGCGGCGACGACGACGGUGGGAAAAAGGGCCAAUCGUUUCUCGGUACCGGUCACAACGCACGGGAUGUGGUAUCAAUCUUCUUGGCGGAAUUUAGUGGCACCGCGACGCUUAUGUUCCUGGGAUGCAUGUGCUGUGUAACCGGUUUCGGGAAUACGCCUACUAACGUGUCCGGUGGAAUCGGGUUUGGCUUCACGGUGAUGAUGGCCAUCAUCACAUUCGGUCACGUUUCCGGUGCACAUAUCAAUCCGAGUGUGUCGAUUGCAGCGCUGGUUUAUGGACUGUUGAAUAUUCCGAUGUUCAUCCUCUAUCUGAUCGCUCAAUUCCUGGGAGGCCUAUGCGGUUAUGGUUUGCUAAUGGCCGUUACCCCUAUGAAGUUGUUCACCGAAGCGCUGGAAACCGGAAAUGGGGCUUGUGUCACCGCACCACAUGACGAUCUCAGCACAUGGGAAGCAUUCGGAGUGGAAUUUUUCAUAACCGGAAUUCUGGUUUGGACGUGCUGUGGGUUGUGGGACCCCCGGAACAGUAAAUUUGGAGAAGGUUCUCCGGUGAAGUUCGCGCUGAUCGUUGCCGGGAUUUCGAUUGCUGCUGGACCGUACACUGGGGCGAGUAUGAACCCGGCUAGAACCCUGCCGCCGUCGGUAUGGAAUGCAAGCUACAAAUCUACUUGGAUUUACUUCAUUGCUCCACCGCUGGCCGGUAUGGUAAUGCCUCUGAUCUACAAGUACGUCUUCCGGCGAGAGGCUCCUCAAGAUAAGCACACGGCAAUGAUCACUAGGACAACGGAACAGAUCAAAGCUAGUAUCGUAGAACAACAUCGUUUCUAAAUUUGAGACAAAUCUGAUGAAACCUACUGGGAAGUCGAACCACAAAAAGUCUGCUCAUAUUUAGGUUAAGUAACGUGAUAAACAACUAGGAUAAGCUAUUCUCAUUUGAUGAUAUUGAAACCCAUAUCGGUAAGAAAUUAUAAUAAGCAAGUUUGGCUUUUUAUAUAAUGAAAGAUUGUGCUUGAUUUUAAAUGCAGCUCAAUUUUAAGGACUGUGAAAAUCUAAAUAAAAAUAAAUCAAAUAACUUA